GAAGAAGAAGAAGAAGAAGAAGAAGAAGAAGAAGAAGGGUUAGAUUGAUUUCGGACUUUUUAUUGAGAAUCGGCAUUGGUCGUCUGUUAUUACUCCGCACACGGUUAUCACUGGAGAGGUAGAGCGUUGAAGAAGGAUUCCUUUUCCAAGUGUCAUCAUCGUUUUACAAUUAUGAGCCUAAGAGAGAUAUGCAACGUUCUAAAGGGAUUUAAAGUCAUACCGGUUUCGUCUUGCUGCUACUCCUUUUUGAAUACAGCCUGAGAUGGAUUUUUCCAGGAAACAUGUCAGAUCAGACUGUGAGGCGUUGCUCCGCCGUUUCCAAAAAACACAGUCGGUGCGCUUUGAGGUUUUCUCCAACAUUUGGAAGGAGAUGAAGUUUGCUCAGAUCUUUAGUGGCAAUCCAAACAACAACAAAGAAUUCUAUCAUUUGAUCCUGGACAUAGCAUAUUGCUAUUUCCUGCCACCUUUCAGUUUUCAGAUCCGUGUGGGUGGACUUUAUCUGCUGUACAGCACGUACCAUUCCCAUCCUGCCUCAACUUCAGAACAGCUGCAGAUCCGUGUGGCGUUGAAGGACUGGGAGGAUGUGAAAAACUUUGAGAAAGAUGCAAUGGAUGCCCAGCACCUUGACGUUGUCUAUAUCUUAAAACGGCUAAUGAUUUGCAAAGCUCUUCAGUUCACCGCUAUGCCAACUCUGCUUCUCUAUAGGACAAAGAGGAAUAAGCAGAAGCCAAUGCUGUGUGAGCAGUUCAUAGAACGAGCAUCUCGUCCACAGGAACUAGUAAAUACUCAGCUGCUUGAGGAAAUGUCAAAUAUUGGCGAGCUGUACAAAAACAUGAAGACAUCCAUCAUCUCUCAGACCACAACACAAGAAAAUGCUUUUGUUAACCUGAUCCGUAAAGAAAUUGUCCCCCAACUCUGCACCACUGUGCUGGAAUUCUACAACUGGCAGCAAGGGAGGGACAUCAUAGAUGAACAUAAAAACAGCCAUGAGAGGACUUCAUCUCAGCAGGAGCAUUCCAAGAGAGCCGAGCUCCUAGCAUCUAUAAAAUCUAAGGCUUAUGGAGAAGCAUCAGAGGCCUCAAAGUCGCGCCGUCAUCGUCAGGCGGAGAGGAGUUUCAGCAAUGAAGAAGAUGGAUCCUUUUUGAAGUCACGUCAUUCGAGAUUAAUGAAACCGUCGCUCAGAAACAGGACCAAUAAGCAAAUCCAUAUGACAGGUGAUCUUGGGAAAGAAGCUAUAAGGGCCACUCUGAUAAGUCAACUUGUUACCAUGGACCCUGCCUUGGAAGAAAAAACUAAAAAUCAGAGAAGAUUCAAGUUUUGAUUGAUAAACAUCUGGUGAAGGAAAAGAUUUCAAAGUCUAACCGGUAUUUCAUUGUGGUUCUAAAUUUUUAACUAAAUGAUAAAACUUUUUACAUGGCAGUUGUUCGUUGAAGGCCUAAUGUAUUUAACAAACCAUAUGUAUCGGGAUACCCAGUUAACAGGUUCAUACAGCUAGUGUUAAACACCAUAGACAGAGCCCAGAGCUUGGAGGUGUGUAUUGAAGAAACCAAACAGGGUUUUAUUAAUUAAAUGAAACAAGCAGGAUGUAGUGGUGAUCUCUCAAGUGCAGGUAUUUUGUUAUAUUCUGACAUAAGUAUUAUUUGUAUAGCUUUUUCUGCAUGUAAUAGAUGUACAAUUUGACACAUUUUAAAUAAAUGUUAUAAUAAAUUUAAUUAUCAUUCAAA